AUGGCGCUGAUCUAUGAUCGUGAUCUCUGGCCGCGCCAAUCUUUCGACCCUUUGUGUCCCAGCGGUGGAUCAUGGUACGCUUGCACAACUGGAUCUAGGUUUGUCGGAUGCUGUACUGGCAGUAUCGACCCGUGCAAUGAGAAGACGAGUUGCCCACAGAAGAACCUCAAGCCGGCGAGCUUCGACGCCGCUGAAUAUGGCACAUUUCCGGACCAGACAUGUGGCGCCAACAGCAACUGGUUUACUUGUGCUGGAACAAAUCCCGCGUUCAUGGGUUGCUGUAAGAGCGACCCUUGCGCGAGUGGAUGCCCGACCAAAAACCUGACUGCUGCAAGUCUGAGCCUUGAUGAGGCAACGGCUUCGGUGUUCAUAACGCCUUCUUCGGCCGUUGCUACCUCGACAACAGCGGCGACUAUCACGCCUGCUGCUUCGUCAUUCGCGGGAGAUCAUGUAGGCGCAAUCGCGGGAGGUGCAAUCGGAGGCGCGGCUGGUAUCGCUCUGAUCGUAAUUGGUAUCAUUUGGUGCUUGAAGCUGCGAAAGCAGGCACGCAAAGAAGAACACGAACGACAAAAGAUGGCGGAAGAGUACAAGAAUGAUGAUGGGCAUUUUCACAACACCUACAUCCCACCACAAGCGGAUACGCCUACUGGGAUUCGAGCCGAGGCUGCAGAAGAAUCUCGAAGGACAGUUUAUUCUAUGGAAGAUCCAGAAGGAAUCGAGGUUGAUGACCGACCUUCGCAGUCAAACUGGACAAGACCGAACACCGCAGGUACGGCCGACCAAGAGGACAAAAAUCAUUGCUCAACCAUACUAAUCGAAGAANCAUCAGAUCAGCACCUCACCUCAGUAACGCAGUCUUUCAACGUCAGCCCAAAUGUCAGUCGACCACCCAGCGUGGGCAGUCCACCGAGUGUGGGCUACCCACCGAGCGUCGGUAACCCACCCAGCAUCGGCAACUCCUGGUUCACACGCGACUCCAUCUUCGCAAAUGGCAAUCCCCAACUCGCAAGCAUACCCUCACCGGACGAGAAUCGCCGCACUUCCUGGCUAGAGCAAUCGCGCCAUUACAAUGGCAGUCCUAUUGUCACACCAAUCCACUCGCCUUUGCAAAACAGUCAUUCCGAUUAUUUUGGUGCUUAUGAGAACCAUCGACGCAGUACGUCGCAUGCUACUCAGUGUCCAAUCUCACCACAAAAUCAAUACUUUGAACUGGAUGAUGCGCAAUUGAGCCCGCCGGUGGAGCUCGAAGCUAUUGAGGCAACACCAAAGAAGCAAGAAGAGGGUACAUGGCAGAGUGUGCUACAACAGCCGCCACAGACACGUUGUCGACAAAACGUGGAGGAAGGACAGACUAGUUCUGCAUACUUCUCGCCUGAUGAUGUUGGAAGGCCGCAUAGCAGAGGUUGA